UGGUACUGAUCCUGUGACUGCAGCUUCACUUGACUUUGCCAUCCAUGGCUACGGUUGGUGGUACGAUGGUAGCGACGGAACCAAUACCAUCGCCAGAAUCCCAUGGGCGACACUGCGACAACACUUCUCGGAGCUACUCCUCUGCUUCCAGUUCCGUUAGUGGACAACAGUCUACCUUAGCGUCUAGUUAUUCCUCGGCCACCGCAUCCGCAGUUCAUCAGAACCUCCGUCGAGGCUCUACCAAGACGGUCCUGCCUACAAUCCCAGAUGAUGGCGGAUUUGCUGUACCCGGAACAACGCUCAAGGCAUAUGAUAAAUAUAUAUCCAAUACUCUCAGAAGUCGGUUCUAUGAUCUUCAGCGACUGUAUAGCACGGCACUAGCUGAGGAAAUCUCGAAGAAACGGCGGCUUGGGUUGGGCCAAUUCAAGGUGAAACGAAAGAAUAGGACUGCAAACCCAGGACCACUAUCGAUGAAGUGCAAAUAUCUGGGCACUUCUGAAGAAACUGCAAAACUUUGUAUUGUUAUUCACUGCGAAAAACAAGUAUCGAAAACUGUCACCGACUUUUUUCAUCAAGAGCACGUCGCCAAGGAUCUCAACGGUGAUUUUGAAAUCCACAUCAUCAACGACGGCCUCAUCCGAUUCGCCGCUAUGGAAGAUGUUUCCGUGUUUGGUAAUAGCUUGGGAAGUACAUCCUUUGGCAGGAAAGUCCACCUUCGACUGGAGCACGCUUCUCGUUGGGCUACAAUGGGUGGAGUGAUUUUAGUAUCGACAGCAGAGCGCGGAGACACCGUCUUUGGUCUCCUCGCAGGGCACCCAGUUGCUGAUAUUCGGGAUCAAAUCGAACGUGAGAGCCUUGCGAGUGUCGACGAUGAGAGUAUUGAAGCAAGCAGUCUCGACAUCAUGGAGGAUGAGCCAGAUUCUCUUGAUUCAGACUCUAGUUCAGAUUCGCCAAUUGCUCAUAUACUUUCAAAUGGGAAGCAGAGUACUGCCGAAGACGAAGAUAACGGGUCGAUCAUCUGUGAAGAAUAUCUCGGACAGGUGAUUCAUGACUCAUUCCGCAACGAAGCAGAAAAGAACUAUGAUUGGUGUCUCAUGGAGCUACAAGAUAGCAGCACAAUGGGAGAUGAUAUCCAUCUUGGCAAGUUUCUCGAAUGGCCGUAUCCUGGCCGAGCCCGCCACGAUACUCCAUUGUUUCAGAUGAGCGUCGAAGCAAUUGCAAUUACUUCUCAUGGCAUUCAAGCAGGUACCCUAUUUCGAGACAGGUCCUCAAUACUGCUACUGCCAGGUUCGGCAUUUGUGGAAACGUUGAGAUUUACUCUAAAAUCUGGCUCAGAUUUAACUUACGGUGACUCGGGUUGCUGGGUAGUAGACAGUAAUGGACAUCUACAUGGGCAUCUCGUGGCAAUCGACGUCUUUCAAGAGGCAUAUGUAAUGCCACUGGAGGAAACACUACGCAGCAUCAAAUCCAAUCUACAGGCAACAUCGAUUGCGAUUCCUGGGCCAAACCACUUCAAUAUUAUCAUACGGUGCCAGGGAUUACGGUCAGGGGAUAUUAAAGAACAUUUACGGCUUGAAAAACUUCUCCUGGGGCCAUUCUCGACGCAAUUCAGCAUACACGCGAGCCCGACUGCGCUAUUUGAGUUUCCUCUUGCCGAACCACCAACCUGCAGAAUUGACGGCAUGAUAACAGAAAGAAGAGCCGUUGAAUCUAGGAGUAAUAACAAUGCUGGGCGGCACUAUUGGGUUUGCCGGUUUGGGAAUACAAAACACUUUGUAUGUUGGGAUGAUGCAUGGGGACUAGCAGACAACAAUCCACCAUGCUUUUGUUUCAAGCCAAGUCGGAUAGGGUGGGAUAUAUUGAAUGUCUUUUAUACAUGUGCCCUUGGGAACUGUUCAUUUUUGAAACUUGAAGCCGGAAUAGCAGAACAACAAAACCAACAGAGUACACGGGUACCCUCCGAAAGAGUUUUAGUAUUUCAAGAUCAACAAAGGGGUCCAAGUGCUCGUAUAAUAGAGGACCUAGCCGACAGUCUCGAUGAAGAUCUAAUGAUUGCUAGGGAGGCUCUUGAAUACCAGAACAUAGCCAACAUGCCAUCCUCAGUGGAAAUGGGUUCAAAAUCAUCUGGCUCAAAGUCAUAUUCAGAGUCAAAGGGCUCGCAGUCAUCGGCUUCAAUACGAUCAUCAUAUUCAGGAUCAUCGUAUUCGGCACCAUCAUAUUCGGCACCAUCAUCCUCAAAAUCAUCUUAUUCAGCCUCAUCAUUUACACCAGAAGGAUUUAUAUCACAUUCAUCUUCAAGAGCAUCAUUUACACCGCAAUCAUAUUCAAGAUCGUCGUAUUUGUCACAAUCAUAUUCAUCACCAUCAUCAUAUACACCGUCAUCAUACUCGGCAUCAUCAGCCGCAGGAUCCCGUUCAUAUGGAUCGUCUUCAUCUUCAGCAUACAGAUCUGGCUCAUCUCAUCAUGACUCGGGGCCAUAUUCAUCUUCGUCGUUAUCAUAUAGACAGAAUACGGUAGUCAACUAUGGACAGACUCAAUUUAGUAGAGGACACCCGACACCGCAAUAUGGAGGUUAUCCAGAAUCGAAUACUGGUAGCCAGCCCCAACCGGAACGUAAAAUCAAACUCCCUACGGUUCCGGAAACUGAAAAGAAGUAAGAAUGAGUAUGCGUAGGAUUACGGUAGCAUUUAUUCUGAGCCAAGGUGGUGGAGGAUGGUAACGAUCAAAUUAUCCUAAUCAAUACCAAACCUAUUAAAGUUACUUAUAGGCUAUCUAGUCGUAAUACAUGCUGUCGAGAUCG